CAGUUGUUUCCUUUCUCGCGUGAUAAGCUUCGAGAAGUCUACUCAGCCGUAUCACUCAUUUUUCAGUACGACGUGUGUCUUUAAGAAGUGAUGAUUCGACUGAAAAACACCAUUUCUCGGAGCUUUAGGAGUGCGGUCUGUUUCGACAGUGCUGGCCCAAAUUUCAACGAGGGAAAAUCAUCGGCGAUUUUUUUCGUUUCGGGUCCGUUGGAAAAAUGUGGGAAAUCACCGAGGGGUCAUCAACACUUCCAAAGAAGAUGGCACUCGAUGUCCACCGAAAAUGGACCCUCCUAUAUUUUUCAUCGCGGUUCAACCCCCCUGGUUGACAUCACCCUUGGACAGCUGAUCGAACAGAGUGCGAAUCGUUAUCCGAACAGGGAGUGCAUGGUUUCGAUUCACCAGAAUGUCCGGCUCACUUUUUCCGAGGUUCUUCGGAGGGCGGACAAAUUAGCAGCUGGUUUAAAGAAGUUGGGACUAAAAAAAGGAGACAGAGUCGGUAUUUGGGGACCUAAUACCGUUGAAUGGUAUCUUAGCUUCGCGGCGAUAGCUAGAGCGGGUUUUAGAGUAGUCGGGAUGAAUCCGGCCGAUCAACAAGGGGAACUGGAAUACAUGAUCAACAAAGUUGAAGUCAGAGCUGUUGUGGCUUGGAACAUUUUCAAGACACAAAAUUACCCGGCGAUGCUUCUCCGCGCUAAAGCGAACUGUCCUACACUGGAGCACAUAAUAAUUGCCAGCGAUCACGCUAUUACCGGUACUCGAAGAUUCGUUGACGUCGAAUCGCUGGCUAGUCGAGUCGAAGUGGAAGCUGUAGAUGCCGAACAGAGCGAAAUUUCACCAAAUGACGGUGCCACCAUUCAGUUUACUUCCGGAACAACCGGAAGACCGAAGGCCCCCGAAGUGUCGCAUAGGUCAUACGUGAACAAUGGAAAACAGGGCAUGCAAAGGCUGGAGCUCGACAAGGGUCAUCACACCGUUUGCCUGAACGUGCCAUUUUUCCAUGCUUUUGGUCUGGUGAUGGGUCAGGUGGCGAGUCUGUACUCCGGAGCUACCACGGUACUGGCUGGACCAUCGUUCAAUGGCAAGGAAGCGGUGAAUGCGAUAGCGAAGGAAAAAUGUAGCGUGAUUUAUGGCACACCUACGAUGUGGGUGGACAUGGUGAGCGUUCAACAAGAGAUGAAGGCGCCAUUAGGAAAAAUUUCCAACGGUUUGACGGGCGGAUCUCCCGCGUCUCUGGAACUCUUCAAAAGAGCCAGAGAAACGUUUGGCUUGGACAGUUUGAAGUCGAUAUAUGGCCUUUCGGAAACCACGGCGAUUGCCUUCCAAACAUUUCCAGACACUCAGAAAUCGAUUGUGGAGACAACGGUCGGCCACGUUUCAGAUCACGUCGAGGCCCAGGUGGUCGACGGGAAUGGAAUUCCCGUUCCCUUCGGUACCCCUGGAGAGCUCUGGGUUCGCGGUUACCUCACGAUGAUCGGCUACUGGGGGGACGAAGAAAACACGAAAAAAACCCUUACCGAUGACGGCUGGCUAAAAACUGGAGAUCAGUUCAUUCUGGGUUCCGAUGGUCACGGCAAGAUCGUCGGCAGGCUGAAGGACAUGCUCAUCAGGGGCGGUGAAAAUAUAUUUCCAAAGGAGAUAGAGGAGUUUCUUGAGAGUCAUCCCGCGGUGAUGGAAGCCCACGUCUUCGGGGUCCACGACGAUCGACUCGGAGAGGAAAUCUGCGCCUGUAUCCGGCUUAGAAAAGGUAUCGACAUGACGGCGGACGAUAUCAGGGCCUACAGCGCAGGAAAAAUCGCACACUUCAAAAUACCUCGGUACAUCCAAUUCGGCGAAGAUUUUCCGAAGACGACCAGCGGAAAAAUUAAGAAACGCGUACUCAAGGAGUCGCUAGAAGAACAGGGGCUGAUUCCGUCGGAGCCCAAAUUGAGCUAAAAAAAACUUUUAGUUUAUUUGAAAACAAUAUUGAAAUUUGAGGGAUUGAAAAAGAGAAAAAACAAAUAAAACGAUAGGCUGCACUUGCAAAACUAACUUCGAGGCAACAAAAAUAAUUGCCACGAAGUCACCACGAACCAUAUACAAUGAAAUUCCAUGGUUCUUCUUCGUUUGAUAAUAGAUCUUUAUCAUAUUCUGCGUAUAUUAUAUUUGUAUGACACGUCCAUAAAUAUACGCACAAGUUUGUAUCUCGUAUGCUAUGAGUAUACUCGUUGGUACCUUUGGCACAUGAAUCCAAAGUGCAGCGAAGUACGUGGCGAGCCUGAAGAAAAUGGAUGAUGAAGGCCCAACUCACGUUCUUAUUUUUUGACGUCUGGAGUUGAAUAUUCUAAUUGUAAAUCGGAGAUUUCGCACAUGCGUUUGAUCGGGAAGCCUGAGGAGAAAUUGAAUAGAAAACACAUGAGUAUUUCGAAUUUGUAGCAUCGUGUAUUGAACUUGUGGUAGGGUAAAGUUUAUUUGGUAAAUAUAGAAUAGAAUAAAUCUCGUCCAACAUUCGAAUGAGAUAUUAA